AUGGACUUUAAACCCAAUUACCUUAACAAUCCAGACAACAUCGAGAAAGACAUACUCACGUCAAAAACUAUGUUCUGUAAAGAUCAAUUCGGUAAUCUAUACGAGUUAAAAGCAGUAGAUCAAAAUUUAAACACGUUUCAAGCAGAAUGGAACGAUCUAAACCUCGCUAGUCACGAUCAUCCCCACCAAACGACGUCAGCCAGUGUUCAGGAUGACGGAGGUGAAGAUGACCUUUCCAGCCACACGAGUCUCGAUUCUGGGAAUUGGGUCCACUCACUACAAAAAAGCUGCAGUAAUUUUUUCCACAAAUACAAAAGAGAAACAAUCUGGUUGGUGGGGAUCCUCUGCAUAAUACUGUACUUCAUCUAUUUCACGUUCGCCAUCAUCUACGAUUUCCAACUCGCCAUAGCCUUGAUCGCAUGCACCGGUGUCGUGCUCUUUUGUAUCGGUUAUUCGUUCGUGGACAGUUUAUUCGGAGAUAAACUCGACAAGAUGUUCUGCAGUCCGAUAGAUCGAGCUAUUUCCAACAAUUGGCACAUCAUAAAAUGGUUCCUUUAUCCGGCCAUCGCCAUAUUCGGAGUUCUCUACCUGGGGUUAGUUGUAAUCCGUGAGAUGAAGCAAGUUCAGCCUAUUUCCGGAAUAUUCAUAUUCAUGUUGAUCGUCUACUUGACCUCCAAGCACCCGAAUCAGAUAAUCUGGAGGCCAGUGUUGUGGGGGUUCUCUCUACAGUUCAUCUUCGCGGUGUUCGUCCUACGCUGGCAGUUUGGCUACAUUGCCGUCAAAUUUCUGGCUGAUCAGAUCAAUAUUUUCAUCGAGUAUGGCUACGACGGGGCGGCCGUAGUGUUUGGGGAUCCAGCCCUAUUACUGCACCCUUUCGCCAUGAUGGUAAGGCAUUCUUUCGCCAGUGACAGACUCCCUUUGAAAUCGAACCCGGGCAUGUCCAUGCUGUUGUAUCUGGGAGCUGUUAUGGCAAUUUUGUAUUAUUUGGGAAUAACCCAGAAGGCUGCCGUAAAGUUGGGCUGGGUGCUUCAGAAGACUAUGAACACAACUGCAAUCGAGACUUUAAACACUGCUGCUAAUAUAUUUCUUGAUGGGAUGGAUACGAUGCUGAUGCUUAGACACUACAUAGACAAGCUGACCCUAUCAGAGUUCAACUGCUUUCUCGUCGGCAACCAUGCGACCGUCGCUGGCUUCGUCUUUGCUCUCUUCGUCUUGUUUGGGGCCCCACCCCAACAUUUGCUGUCGGCGGCGGUCAUGUCUGCCCCGGCUACCAUCGCCAUCUGCAAACUCAACUACCCGGAAACGGAAGAAUCUCAGACCAAAAAUCUUGAAGACAUCGAGCUACCCAAAGGAGAAGACGUGAACAUUUUCGAAGCAGCGGCCAAUGGCUGUAACAUGGCGGCAAAAGUCGUCUGCUCUGUACUGGCUUGCUACAUUGCCAUGAUGGCCCUACUGGCCUUCCUCAACGCCACCCUAGAAUGGCUUGGGGGUAGGGUCGGAUAUCCCCAGCUGAGUUUUGAGUUAAUCUGCUCGUACGUCAUGUGGCCCAUAGCCUACGUAAUAGGGGUCGAUGCGCCGGAGUGCAAAGAAGCAGCCAAGUUGAUUGGGAUCAAGAUUUUCGCCACGGAAGUCCUAGCAUACCAGGAGCUCGGGAAAUCCGUGGCCAGGGGGUCAUUAUCGCCCCGCAAUCAGGCCCUGACGACUUAUGCCAUGUGCGGUUUCUCCAGUAUUUCCACAUUAGCCAUUGCCAUUGGAGUAUGGAACGCCAUCUGUCCCCAGCGAGUUAAACUGAUGGCUUCUUUUAUGUUGAGAGUUUUGGUGGAGGCAAACAUUUCUUGCUUCAUGACUGCCUGUGUGGCUGAGAUCUUGACAGCAGCAGGACACGCUGUGACCUUGACACCAGUGAAGUACAUGAACAUGGUGGAGAUCUGGGUGAACGAUAGACUGGUGUUCACCUGCAACGUUCUCAAACUAGAUUUCGAUGGUGACGGCAUGCUGGAUUGCCUCUGCCUGAACGCCUUGGACUGUGUUAACAGUGCCUUCUAG